CUCGUUCUUCUGCCUUAUAGGCUGGAAAAAUCCAAUCGCAGAGCUUCUUCACCUCCAGACGUUACAGUGUGUGAGUGUGUAUUUGAUGAUCCACGGGUGGGUGUGUAUAGAGAGAGCUCGAUCACAGCUCAGCCUCCACUCCCACUUCACUUCUCUCCAUUCCUCUCCGCCUCGAUCUACAGCGCCAUACCACCGAUCUCUCUCCUCCAUCUCCUCCGGUUCUGAUUACGGAAUAACACAUCACUGACAGCCAGCAUGCACAAACGGAGGAAGCCCGAUCCCAUCCAGCUCAACCCUAUUCCGGAUGGGAACGCUGUUAACGGUACCGGUGCUACUGAGACAAACCUAGAGGCCCUGCAAAAGAAGCUGGAGGAGCUGGAACUAGAUGAACAGCAAAGGAAACGUCUGGAGGCGUUCCUCACUCAGAAGCAGAAGGUAGGGGAGUUAAAGGAUGACGACUUUGAGAAGAUCUGUGAGCUGGGUGCGGGCAACGGCGGCGUGGUCUUCAAGGUCUCGCACAGACCUUCGGGACUCAUUAUGGCCAGGAAGCUGAUUCACCUGGAGAUCAAGCUAGCCAUCAGAAAUCAGAUCAUCCGAGAGCUACAGGUGCUGCACGAGUGCAAUUCGCCCUACAUUGUGGGCUUCUAUGGGGCCUUCUACAGCGAUGGGGAGAUCAGCAUCUGUAUGGAGCACAUGGAUGGAGGCUCUCUGGACCAGUCGCUGAAGAAAGCCGGCAAAAUUCCGGAGCAAAUACUGGGAAAAGUCAGCAUUGCGGUGAUAAAAGGUCUAUCCUACUUGAGAGAGAAGCACAAGAUCAUGCACAGAGAUGUGAAGCCAUCGAACAUCCUGGUGAACUCACGUGGUGAGAUCAAGCUGUGUGACUUUGGUGUGAGUGGGCAGCUUAUCGACUCCAUGGCCAACUCGUUUGUGGGCACCAGGUCCUACAUGUCUCCAGAGCGUCUGCAGGGCACACACUACUCGGUGCAGUCUGAUAUCUGGAGCAUGGGACUCUCGUUGGUCGAGAUGGCCAUUGGACGCUUCCCCAUACCACCACCUGACACUAAGGAGUUAGAGCAGAUCUUUGGGUUUCCAAUGGAGGGUGAAAGCUCAUCUAGCGAAGCUUCCCCCAAACCCAGGCCCCCUGGACGACCAAGCAGCUCGUACGGACCCGACAGCAGACCUCCGAUGGCCAUUUUUGAGCUGCUGGACUACAUUGUGAAUGAGCCACCACCCAAGCUGCCAAGCAUCUUUGGCUCAGAGUUUCAAGAUUUUGUUAACAAAUGUUUAAUCAAAAAUCCAGCAGAGAGGGCUGAUCUGAAGCAACUAAUGGUGCAUCCCUUCAUAAAGAAGUCAGAAGCAGAAGAAGUGGACUUUGCCGAGUGGCUGUGCAACACCAUAGGCCUAAAUCAGCCAGGAACCCCAACUCACACUAUGGGCUAAUAUCUCUUUCUCUCUGUCUUACUCUUACACAGCAGAAGUUCAGUUGUCUGUCACUGCCUAUCUAACCCGUCGUACUGAUGUCAUAGGUAUAGCUGACGUUUAUGAACACUCCUGCUACAGAAAUUCUGUAAAACAUUCAAAAUAUUACUUUGCGGAAUGUGGCCUUGGACGACAAGUGUUACUUUUACCCUAAAACGAUGUCAGUACAAAUAACUCCAGUAUCUGUCGUGAUAGUAUAAUAUUUAUUAAAAAUAUAGAUGUUUCUUGCUUGAUGGCAUUAUAAAAUUUAAAAUAAACUGGUUACAUUAUGCUGGAUACAAACAUAGACAAAAGACAACAGUAUAAAAUAGGCCUAUUUUUAUAAGGUACAAAGAUAUUGGAGCCUAAAUUAUUUAAUUUUGUAAAUAACAGAAAAGCCAUCACAGCAUGUUGCUGCUGCUGCCUCAGAAAGUCAUUCUGAAUAGUUGAUAUGGUGCACACUAGCACAUUUGCUUUUCUUUUAUGUGAUUGGUGUUGGUGAAACAUGUGGAAUGUAGAAUGUGUUUUAAUGGUUAUUUUAUUACUUUAUUAUUUUUUUGUUUACUUUGAUUGCAAAAUAAAACUGUAUUUUAAAAUAAGACUGAAUAAAACAUUAUGGGUGA